CUCCUCGUAUUGCUCUUCUCCCUCUCCUUUCUCCACUCUCAUCCCAUUCUCGCGAUCUCCGGAGAUUGCCCCCUGGAUUUUAGUUGGUCGAACUUUAGUUUGGUUGCUUCAACUUGUUCUGAUCAAAAUGAGCGAGGAAAAUGUUGCCGCUAUAUCAAUGCCUAUGUUGCCAUUUCCAUUGCUCGUUAUGCAAAUUCAACAGGAAAACUUGGAGUUCCGCCUGCUUUCUCUGAGCUCUGCCUUAAUUCUAUAUCAGAAACCUUCCAAUUUUACGGCGUAUCCCCUAAUGCUACUGCAUUUUGUGGACUGGGGGCGAAAAUUCGAGUUUCCUAUCAGUGCAAUGGGCGCGGCACUGUAUUGGAAAUGAUGCAAUCUCCAUAUUUUAGUGAUGUUAUAAGCAGUUGCAACAUGUCACUUUCAUCGGAUAUUAGUUGCAAAGCAUGCUUAAAUUCUGGGAUUCUUUAUCUUCGUCGACUCAUCGGCGAUGAUAAUCUUUCAUUAAGUAUUUGUCGUGAUGCGGUUUUUGUUACACUUGCUAAUCAAGGAGAAAAUUUGUCGAUAGAUGACAUGGCAACUUGCUUCUUUGGUGUUCAAGGACUUAACACUCUCACAGAGUCACCGUCGAAACCAAUCUCCCCUGCAUCUUCUCCUAACCUCAUUUCUGAUGACUCUCCAACAAAGAACAUUACUGGAGUACUUGCCAAGCGACAUUACCAUGCUUACCGGCUCACAAUGAUUCCAGGAAUAGGAAUUGGGAUUAUAUUAGUCACGGUUGUCCUGUUACUAAUCUUAGUAGUUCUUAUUCGCAAAAAGAGCAGGGAACUAAAGAGGGUGGAUUCUCCUAAUGAAACUUCAUGGAAUGAGAUCUUUCAAACUCAAGUUCGGAGAUGUCAAGAAGGUUCGUCAGCGAUGUUUCGGAGGUAUAGCUACAAAGAAACAAAGAAGGCAACAGAUAAUUUCAGCACCGAAAUCGGAAAAGGUGGUUUUGGGACCGUCUAUAAGGCUCAGUUUAGUGAUGGUUCUAUUGCUGCUGUGAAACGGAUGAACAAGGUCUCAAAGCAAGGUGAGGAAGAGUUUUGUCGAGAAAUGGAGCUUCUAGCAAGGUUGCACCAUCGGCAUCUUGUCUCCCUCAAGGGCUUCUGUGUUGAGAGUAAUGAGAGGUUCCUUGUCUACGAGUACAUGGAAAAUGGAAGCCUAAAGGAUUAUCUCCAUUCACCUGGGAGAAGUCCAUUGAGGUGGGAGACGAGACUACAAAUCGCCAUUGAUGUGGCCAACGCUCUGGAGUACCUUCAUUUCUACUGUGAUCCACCCCUCUGCCACCGGGACAUCAAGUCGAGCAAUAUUCUUUUAGAUGAGAAUUUUGUCGCAAAGGUCGCUGACUUUGGUCUCGCACACGCAUCGAGGAUUGGUGCAAUUAGCUUUGAACCGGUGAACACAGAUAUCCGAGGAACUCCCGGAUAUAUGGACCCUGAAUAUGUUGUUACUCAAGAGUUGACCGAAAAGAGUGACGUGUACAGUUAUGGCGUCCUACUUCUCGAGCUGGUGACUGGCCGUAAAGCAAUACAAGAUAACAAAAACCUGCUCGAGUGGUCGCAGAAAUUCAUACUGUCCGACUCGUCUCUGCCUGAGUUAGUCGAUCCUUCAAUAAGAGACUCUUUCGACUUCGAACAGCUACAUUUGAUCAUAGGAAUCAUCCAGUGGUGCACGCAAAGAGAAGGACGAUUGCGGCCAUCCAUCAAGCAGGUUCGUGGCAUGCUAUCUGAAGCAGUGGAUCAAGCGCACAAUGGGUUGGAAGAUGAAAUCGCGGAAAAUUGUUAUGUGGGGGGUCGGAGUAGCAGAGAAAGGUUUAGUAGCCGAAAUGAGCUGAUGAUUCUGCAUAGUGGCGAUGUGAGGUGUCUUCAAUCUUCUUCGAGCACUUCUAGAUCGUAUUGCAGUCGCAGCGUCUUGCUCGAGAGCGGCUCGCCGCAGUCUCCGCAUGGGCUUUUCUCUCUUUGAUACUCCGUUUUGUCACUAAACAGUUUUGUUGUUCCAAUGAUCGGCGAAGCCGUUUGUGGUUCAAAGUUUUGAAUUGAAAUAUACCUGAGACCACUUAAUGCAAAUCUAUUUACCGGAUUUUAGUGACAUAUUUACCGGAUUUUAGUGACAGCAUGAUGUAAUUUCAUCUUAGUAUUUGUACAAGAUAACUUUUGAUAUAUUACAGCAGGAUACUUAUGCUUACA